GACGCGUCAGACCAGAACAUCCCUCAAAAACCUCCACAACACUCUUUAUCAUCUUCCCUGAAGUCUUUUCCUCCUCUUUGGAUUGCUUUGUCUUGCAUCUAAAUCCUGAGUGGGAAAAUACUAGUAUUUUUUUUUUUUUUUUGUAUUAAUUUAUUUUUGCGUGAAGGAAUUAUUUAUGUGUCCUUUGGCACUCCAAACGCCAACAGAUUGUGUUCGGUCUCCUCGCGAAGGGUCACUUGGGAGAAUCGGUUCACUUUUGACACACUUGGAAGAUUGUGGACUGCGGACGUUUAAUUGAAAAGGAUAAAAAAAAAGGGCGAACGACUGUUUAUGCGUUUUAAUCUCCUUAAAAAGAUCACAACGGACUGUUGCUGCAAGGACAGUGAGGGAAACUCGAAACAUGAGUUGCGCAAUGUUGCGACACGCACUCGCAGCUUGGCUGUUGGCAUUGCUGUGGCAAGGGCCCAUCAGCGCUCAGGCAACGGAGUUCAGCCAUGUGCCUGACAACAUUACCGUGCUGGAAGGAGAAAGCGUCAUUUUGAGAUGCAAGAUAGAUGAAGAGGUCACACAUAAGGCGUGGUUGAACCGAUCCAACAUCUUGUUUACGGGCACCGAUAAGUGGUCUCUAGACCCCCGUGUGUCUCUGGUGAACAACAACAACAGUGAAUUCUCCAUUCAGAUUGAGAGCGUGAUGGUGGCGGAUGAGGGACCCUACACAUGCAGUUUCCAAGCCAGAAACCAGCCACGUACAUCCCACGUCUACCUCAUCGUCCACGUGCCAGCCCGGAUAGUGAACAUCUCGCAGGAUAAAUCGGUAAACGAAGGCGAAGAUGUGAACCUGUUUUGCCUGGCCGUGGGCAGACCGGAGCCGACCGUGAACUGGAAGGACUUUAAAUAUGGCCUCAUGAGCGAAGGGGAAUUUCUGGACAUCACAGAAAUCAAGCGGCAUCAAGCAGAGGAUUUUGAGUGUGUUACCAAUAACAACGUUGCGCCACCAGACACUCGUCGCGUCAAAGUCACGGUCAACUAUCCGCCAAUAAUUACAGAUGUGAAAAACAUGCCCGCACAGCUGGGGAAAACUGCCAUUUUACGGUGUGAAGCAAUGGCUGUGCCCACUGCGUCCUUCGAAUGGUACCGGGAUGACCGACGGCCGGUAGAGAGCGAUAACUCGCUAAAGAUUAAAAAUGAGAAAACACGCUCCCUGCUGCUUUUCACCAACGUCACAGAAAAACACUUUGGCAACUACACCUGUUUCGCCUCCAACCGUCUUGGGGCUUCCAACGCUAGCAUGCUACUCUUCAGGCCCGGGGCAGUGUAUGGCGGAGGGGUGUCUCUGCACGCCCGUUUAUCAGGAGUCGCCCUCUGGUUCUGCCUCCCCGUUUCUGUUCUGAUGAAGGUCUAAAACUUUCCCACCUUGGAAGGAGUCUUUAAAUACGAACCCAUCACUGUGAACAAAAUGAAAUUAUGCAUUAAUCCAGGAGCCAUCGCUACAUCACCUUGGUCAUACCUUCUCGUCCUAUUUCCUCUCUUCUUCACGCCCGAUCGUAUAUCACUGCUUCAUACCCCCUGCAGUGUUCAACGCUGGUCACCUUUAACAUCCAAACCUGAUUUGUGAUGCAAUUGAUUUGAACGACAAGUAUAUUCUGAGUAACGUGUGAAAAGUUUGUGAACGGCUCGUUGUGUCUUGAUGUGCGUGCUGGACAUGCUGUUGUUUCAUGUGGGUUGUAAAUCCGUGAAUGUAAUGGUAUUGACAACGAUGGUUACAGUGCUCAAGAUCAGGUGACCCUCUAGAAGAGGUUCAUGGCAGUUCACCAGCGGGCCUAUUGGCCGUUGAACCUCGGAUCUGAAUGCAGAGAUCUGAAUGAAUGGUAGUACAUUCUGACAUAUGUAGCUACUAUGAAUAAUGUCAAACCACAUCCUUUCUAGCAAGGGUUAGAGGAAUGGGCAUCCAUCUUGGCACCUUGUUUGCUUCAUUUUGGGGUCUUGACCGAAUGCAAGCAUCUGACUCUUGUCCAGCCCUCAUUCUAUCCUCAGUCUGUCUAGUGGUUCAUCACACAGAGCGUCGGUCCUUCACCCUCAGUGUAAAUAUAUAUGCAGUGUAGACGCCCCUCUUUCCAGUGAUUAAAAACAACAUUUCCCAUCAGCCUGUUUCAGCCUUUUUGGCUUGGAGAAUAUUGCUGCCUUCAAGUCACGUUAGAAUGAUCGUAUUUAUGAGAUGAGCGCUCAUACACCAUCACAAUGUUGUAAUUUCCAGUAGGGAACUUGGAAUUUUAACCCAGGACUUUGUGACAUGGGGGCGUGCCAAUAAAAGUAUCGUUGUGGAAACUAAUUGGUGAAUGCACAUGAACGUCACGAUAAUGUCGUAAUUGCCACUUCGGAACUGUUGGAUUUUCUUUAAGCCCCAACUUUCAGAGUUAUGGGACAUGUAAAUAAAAGAAUCAUUGUGGAAACUAAUUGGUGAACGCACAUAAACCGCACCAUAAUGUCAUAAUUACCACUUCGAAAACAUUGGAUUUCUCUUAAGCCCUUAACUUUACGUGUUGGGGCAUGUCAAUGAACUAAUCAUUGCAUAAACGAAUUAGUGAAUGCACAUAAGGGCACCAUAAUGUCGUAAUGACCACUUCGAAAACAUUGGAUUCUCUUUCAAAUGCAACUUUACGAGUUGAGGGCAUGUAAAUUAAAUAAUAGUUGUGAAAACUAUUUGGUGAGUGCACAUGAAUGGCACCAUAUUGUCGUAAUGACCACUUCGAAAACAUUGGAUAUACUUUAAGCCCCAACUUUCAGAGUUGGGGGCAUGUCAAUAAAUGCUUCAUUGCGGAAACUAAUUGGUGAAUGCACACUUUGGAAACUUUGAUUUCUAUUUCAAAGUUGGGGGCGUGUCAAUUAACUGAAUGCCACCACAAUAUCGUAAAUACCAGUUGGUAUCUCUGUAUAUACUUUAAGCCAAAACUUACCAUGUUGGUGGCAAGUCAAUUAAAAACGAAUUGCUGAAGCGAAUCAGCAUUGAUCGUACAAAUUUAUUGUAAUUGUGAUAUAUGGCUAUACAGUUUAGUUUGUGUGCAUUGUGUGUGCUGUUAAUGAAGAACAGCGUGUUAAAGUAGCCAGAAAUACAACAAGUUUUGCCGGUUUAUGAGACAAUAUAAUGCAUAAAUUGCAAACCUAAUGCACAUUUUUUGCUCUUUAUUUUUUGCACUAUUGCUAAAAAAAGCUUCCUGUUUUUGUCAGGAAUUUAAAAAAUAAAUAAAUAGCUCAACACGUCUAUUUUAUUCCAAUCAUCACAUCAAACUCUUAAGUACGAAGUUUCCAAGAAGACUUGAAAGCAGCAAACGUUUCUGGUGUCUCCGGCCCUGAAGCAAAUCAUCAACUUGUUGCUUGUGGAUAGCAUGUACCGGUUAGAAAUGUCCCUCUUGUGACCUCACUUCCUGCACCGACCCCCGUUUUAACCCCUGCUCUGUGUACAUUUUAAUCUGCAAGGUUAACUGUAUUACUUUUUUGGUGUUAAUAAUGACGAUAUUAAUGAUGAUGACGACAAUGUUAAUACGUAUUUAAAUUAAUAUGAUAGUAAUUCCAUGUGAGAAAAAAAUGACAGAGCUGAUCUCAAGCCAUGUGUGUGAAAAUAUUUUGUACUAAAAUCACAUUCAUUGACAGCUAAAGUUUUUCAAGUGACGUGCUCUGUUUUACCAUGAUAAACUUUUAAAAAAUGGAAGUGAUUUGGCAGAGUCGACCUGUCUGUAUGCUUCAUUUUUCCGCGAGCAUAGUACACAUUUUUGACCGUGAGCCUAUCUGGACGCACUCGACAUAAUCGCCAUGAUUGCUAUUUGAUACUCUUUAGUUCAGUUAAAGGUUGGCGCAUGUGCCAACGAUGCGUAUUGACUGUCCGUGUAUCUAGAAAAACUAGGCUGGCGGAAAACCGAAGUAUACUUUGGCCUCAAAAAUAGAAAUCGAAGAAAUGUAAGAGCGCUUACACACUAGCAUACCUGCAAACUUGUCGCUUUUCGGCGAAAAUCGCCGU